UUCAAACUGUGGGAUGUGGCUUAACCACCGCCGACACUAUGGUGAAUAUGCGCAAGGUGACCCAUCAGACCAUUAGCGAGGAGCUGUCCAAAACCGUUCUCCUCCCCUGCCUCUUCACCCUCCGCCCCAGUGCCAGUUCAUCCCAUGAGCCCCCCAGGAUCAAGUGGACCAAGGUUUGGGGCCAGAGAGGCUCCGACGGCCUGCAGAAGGAACAGUCGGUCCUGGUGGCCAAAGACAAUGUGGUCAAGGUGAAGAAGGCCUUCCAGGGUCGUGUAACGUUACCUGGUUACAAUGAGAACCGCUACAACGCCAGUCUUGCUUUAUCAGGGCUACGCUCUAGCGACUCUGGCCUGUACCGCUGUGAGGUCGUGGUGGGCAUCAGUGACGAGCAGGACACAGUUCCUCUCGAGGUCACAGGUGUGGUGUUUCACUACCGGGCACCACAUGACCGCUACGCCCUGUCCUUUGCUGACGCCAGGAGAGUGUGCGUGGAGAACUCAGCAGUCAUCGCAACACCAGGCCAGCUGCAGGCUACCUUUGCUGAUGGAUAUGAUAACUGUGAUGCUGGCUGGCUGUCUGACCAGACUGUACGGUAUCCCAUCCAGUCGCCUCGGCCCGGUUGCUACGGCGAUCGUGAGGACUCACCUGGAGUCCGUAACUACGGCGAUAGGUCUCCUGAUGAGCUGUUUGAUGUCUACUGCUUUGCUAAGCAGCUUCAAGGUGAAGUCUUCCACUCAACAGUGAUGGAGAAGUUGAGCCUGGCCACAGCCUCCACCCAUUGCCAUUCACUGGGAGCCCAGCUGGCCAAUGUUGGGCAGCUCUACCUCGCCUGGCAGGCGGGCUUGGACCAGUGUGACCCCGGCUGGCUUGCUGACGGGAGUGCCCGCUACCCUAUCAACGUCCCACGAAAGAACUGCGGUGGAGACGAGCCCGGGGUGCGGACUGUCUACAACAACCGCAACCGCACCGGCUUCCCCGACACCACAGCCCUAUACGACGCCUUCUGUUACCGAGCCCACCAGCCAGCGGGGGUCCAGGCUGCGGAGCCACAGCCUUUGUACCAGGGCCCCAAUCCAGCAGCAGAGGCCAUCUCUCCAGUCACUGAAGCCCAGCCUAGUGCCCCUUUCUCCAAGACUUCCACCUGGACUGGCCUGGUUGACUUGGACAGCGCAGGAGUCAACUCCAUUGCUGGAAUCAACAACUCCACUGAGAUCUCUGAAGAGCACAUAGUCAUCCACUUAAGGCCAGAGGAGGGCUGGGAUGAAAAACAGGCCAGCCAACUCAGCCAAGAGGAGUCUGAAGGCCCAAAGAGUAGCAACACAAUGGGCCUUUCUGACCCUGAGAGCCUGGAAAGCCAUGGAGGUUCUGCUCAUGAAGAAGAAGAUGGUGGCUAUUAUGGAUCAUCUGACACUCCAACAUUAUCCUCCUUGGCUUCAUCCACCCCCCAGUCUAAGACGAGUAACAGUGUGUUGGCUGAGUUUGUUAACACUCUGAUAAGGCCCUUUAGGUACUGGAGAGGAGGUGAGGAGGUGGAGGGGACAGAAAAGGGACCUUUGGUGCUUGAGGAAAAAGCAGGGGAAAACCAGACGCAGGGAGAAGUAUCCAGCAGAAACCUGAGUAUAUCAAAACCAAGUGGAAACAAGGGCAGCAUCGACAAUGCUAUUCUGGAGCACAGGAGCGGUAGUGUUUCCUUCAGGACUCCUACCAGUGGACUACAGGAUCCAGAGGAAGGUCUGUCUGAGCAGGAGAAAGAGGUGAUGCCAAUGAGUCGAUUAGUGCCUGCAGUCCAAAGCACAGGGCAAGAUGACACCACCACUCGGCCAGGAGAACGAGCCUCCAGCACAUCUGCUGACAAUCCUUCAUCCAACGGGUUCACUGCAUCAGGUCCCAACGAGAGAUCACCACCCACUGAACAUGUCAACGAAUCCGGUCCUCAGGGACCAAGAGGAGGCCCGGCCUUUGCUCCCGCCCCCAACAGCCACUUUCGAUGGGCCAUCAAAUCCAUGCGUGGCUCUAAACUGGGCCCCCCUCGAAAGGGGGCCUUUGUGGAUAAACGUCCAACCUGGGAGCCUAUGGAAGCCAAAGCUGGGUCGCUCGAGGUAAUGACCCUGCCCACUUCCCUUCGACGAGACAACCCGGAAAACUACUCAGGCCAGGGGAGGGACCAGGACGGAGAAGAUGCUAAUGCUGCCAGAACUGCAUCAGGGGAGGAGAAGGAGAUAGAGGGGAGCAGUCAGGGGAACAACUUUCCUGAUGGGUUCGGAUUGAACGCCAACAAGUCUUCACUCAGCCAAAGCCAGACUGAGCGUGUGACGGUGGCAGAGCACACCACUCUGUCCCAGUGGCAGCUAGUUCAGCAGCCCACCACCCCACCUCAGGGCUCGCAGGAGCUAGACACAGCAGAGGAGUCCAGGGGAGAGAUCCUCUACGUCCAAAUGCCCACUGACAACCUCUCCUCUGCUUCGCCACAAAGAUUAGAAAGUGGUCCAAUUUCAGUUUUCACACCUCUUUCUAAGAAGCAAAACAUAGACACUAGCAGAAAGGAGCUGGUGACUUCCACCCCUGAAGCACUUAUAGAGGUGCUGACAACUUCUGAAAUGACCACAGUGGAGCUUCUCACAACCAGAGACACGCAGAGGACGGAUCCUAUCACCACAGCAACCACCACAGAAGAUUCCUCCGAGAACGCCACCAUCGAGGAGUCUUCUAUUUCAAUUUCAUGGGUUCAGGGAGACAGGGAGAAAACUACAGCCGACCUGCGGGGACGCCUCUCAGCUACUCCAGCACCCAGUGACGGAUCUCAAGCGACUACGGGUGUCAUUCAGUUGACCACCUUCGCGUCAGACUCCAAUGUUGGCGCCACAGAAAUGGAAUCCAGGUCUGCAGUGUCCGAGUCCUUCGUGGUUGGAAGUCGGUGGACACCUUUCAAAAGCAUGAGCCCAAAACCAGAGGAACAUAAAACUCCGGUGACGAAAGACAACAAAGACACAAACAACCCUUUCGGCAUCCUCGUACCGAACUGGGCCUUCGGCCUCGUCCCAUCAGUGGAGAAUAACCCGUGCCAGACCAACCCCUGUCUCCACGGAGGCAGCUGUCUGCAGGAAGGCGAUGGCUAUAGCUGCUACUGUCCUCAGGGCUUCUCUGGAGAGAGCUGCGAGAUCGACAUUGAUGACUGCCAGUCUAAUCCAUGCCAGAACGGAGGAACCUGCAUCGAUGAGAUCAACUCCUUUGUGUGUCUGUGUCUGCCCAGCUACGGAGGCGCUACUUGUGAGAAAGACACUGAGGGCUGCGAGCACACGUGGAGGAAGUUCCACGGCCACUGCUACAGGUACUUCAGCCGGAGACACACCUGGGAGGACGCAGAGAAGGACUGCAGGGAGCACAGCGGCCACCUGGCUAGCAUCCACAGCCUGUCCGAGCAGAACUUCAUCAGAGGUUUAAGCCAUGACAACACCUGGAUCGGGUUAAAUGAUCGUACAGUGGAGGACGACUUCCAGUGGACCGACAAGAUGGAUCUGCAAUAUGAGAACUGGCGUGAAAACCAGCCGGACAACUUCUUUGCUGGAGGAGAAGACUGCGUGGUUAUGAUUGCUCAUGAAAAUGGCAAAUGGAAUGACGUGCCAUGCAACUACAAUCUGCCCUACGUCUGCAAGAAGGGAACAGUGCUUUGUGGAGCCCCGCCCGCUGUGGAUAACGCCUUCCUGAUUGGUCGGAAACGAUCCCACUACGACAUCCACUCUGUAGCGCGCUACCAGUGCGCCGACGGCUUCCUGCAGCGCCACGUGCCCACCGCGAAGUGUCGUGCCAACGGCAAGUGGGACCGGCCUAAAAUCAUCUGCUUAAAAUCCCGACGAGCCCACCGCUACCGGCGCCACCACCACAAGGGCAGGAGGGAGCGCAGGAAGCACAAGAGGCACGGCCACAGAGAGGGAGGGCACCACGGAGGAGCGAUGGGCCACAACCACGCCCACGUCUGAACCAAAAAAAAAAAAAACUCCCCUUUUCCUUUCUCUCCUCUGCUGCCAACUGCGGUUUUGCCUGUCUACCCCGUCGCCCCUUCCUCUCGCC